CUCAGCAACCACAAGUUACAGUUCUUCGAUCACUGCAUGGCAGCGCCACCGCUUGGUUCAUCGAUAGAAUUUCGCCCUGGCCGUUUUAUUUUAUGUGACACUUGCACACAUAAAUUUCCCAGAGUACACUGCGCUCGACGUAGAGACGCAGCCAAAUUUCGAGCAUGGCAGUCGUCAGCUGAAAAUAAGCGCACUGGUUCUGGACAUUUCUCUGUGCAAAUCAGUGACGCUUCAAGGCUCUGCUAGUAUUCGCCUCGUUUAGCGUGAAAUGCAGUCCGUCGUAAAAUAUGGCCGGUACAUCGUAAGGGCGCUAUCGGGAGUAGCCGUAGCCGAGGUUCCGGUCAAACAUUUUCGCCUAGUGUCAGCUGCGAGUGGAGUCGCCAAGGACAAAGGUGUCAAAGCAACAGUGGCCGCUCUCACCGUACGUAGGAAUGUAAACGGCGACGAUGCACACUUCAUCGCAUCGAAUAGGGUCUCGGACGUAUUAGGAGUGGCUGAUGGCGUCGGGGGAUGGCACAACUACGGCGUUGAUCCAUCACAGUUCUCCUCCUAUCUCAUGUCUACGUGCGAGCGACUUGUCGAGCAGGGAACGUUCAGCCCGCAGUUCCCCGUCGAAAUCAUAGCGACGAGCUACCAGGAAUUGUUGGAGAACAAAGUGCCAAUCAUAGGAAGCAGUACUGUUUGUAUCGUCGUACUGGACCGAAGAAAUCACACGAUAUAUACUGCCAACCUCGGUGAUAGUGGCUGUCUAGUA